AUGGCGACUCGCCAAUCACCCUACCCGAACUUGGGUGCUGAUGGCAACGUCGUGAACCAGAACAACUAUGCGCCUCCACCUCAGCCGUACCAGAUGCCCCACAGCCAACCGUACAGCGCCCAGCACCAGCAGCCCCAGUCCGGCCAGCCGCACCAGCAGCAGCCGUACCACAACGCCGGCGCGGGUGGCCAGACCGGUCAGUCUUACCAGCCGCCGCCACCCCAGCAGCAGUACUACCAGGAGCAGCAACAAGGUUACGGCGACAACACGAACGGUGGUAACGGCAAAUACUCGCAGGACUAUGGAGACAAGACCCAGAAGUUCGACGCCAUCAAGCCAAAGUGAGUCUUCAGGUUAGGGAGGCAGGUUUUGCUCCGGUUCAAACUCGACAAAUUCUGACACUGACGCUAAUAAACACGACUCUGCGUAAUUUUGUGCACUAUAGGUUCAACGAUAUCUUUUUUGCCAUCUUCUUUGUCGCGCAGAUGUUGGGCUUCAUCGCCGUCGCCGUUCUCGUGCUGCGCGCCGUCAACGUUCGUGCCGAUUCGCUCGGCAAUCCCGGCAACUCCAUUACGCUCAACCUCUCGACCAGCUAUUUGCUCGCUUGCAUCGCCGGUGCCGGUUUCGUCUUUUCGAUCAUCCUCUUGGGGAUUGUCCGAGCCUUCGUACGUGUAUCCUGAACCACCUAGACAAGGUAUCCCCCGAGUCCGUCGAGCUCAUGCUUCCGAGACCCUGCCCCUACUCCUAGACUACCAUCAUUCUAGAGAUUUGCUUACUACUUUCGGUCAUCCUUUCGGUCGCGUAAGUACUCCUUUGGUGUCUUCUCUUUUGAUCAUCGUCGCUAAUGGUCUCUCCGGCAACCACAGCUACGCGGUUUACCUUUGGAUCGAGAAAUUCUGGUCCGGCGCCAUCAUCUUCUCCAUCUUUGCGGUCAUCUCUGUGAUUGCGUACUUCCCCAUGAGGAAGAGGAUACCCCUGUCCAAGGCGCUGCUCUUGUUCGUGCUCAAGAUCGCCAGUGAGUCACCUGUCCCUCCAACCAAUUGCGUCCAAGGGAUUCGCGUGCUGACUUGUCCCGUCUGCGCAGAACACCACCCUUCGGUCUAUAUCAUUGCCAUGGUCGGCUGCCUCGUCCAAGCCGCCUACUCGGUCUUCUGGUCCUUUGUCGUGAUCGCGACCUACCAAAAGUACCACCCCGGAACGGCCGCCUCUUCGACCAGCGGCGGACAGCCCUCGCAGGCGACCAUGAUCGGCUUGAUCGUCUUCGAAUGCUUCAACUUCUUCUGGGUCAGUCAGUUCAUUACGAACUACACCUUGACGAUCAACGCCGGCGUGUACGGAGCGGUCUACUUUGGUGGCUUCGACGCCAAAUCCGUCACCUGGGGUGCCUUCAAGCGAGCCUCGACCUACAGCAUCGGCUCGAUCGCUUUCGGUUCGCUCGUCGUCGCCUUGCUCGACCUCAUCCGCGCCGGUCUCAGCAUCUUGCGAUCGUACGAAGAAGGCCAGGGUAACGGCAUCGCGGCUUUGAUCAUAUGCUGCGUUCAAUGCUGCAUGGGAUGCAUCGCCGGAUUGGUCGAAUAUUUUAACCGUUAUGCCAUGAUCGAGAUCGCGCUCUACGGAAAGGCUUACAUCCAGGUCAGUCUUCUCCGAGUCCCAGCAUGUGAGCCUAUUGAAACCGACCUAACGAUGUGCUGUGCUUGACCUCCUCACAGGCCGCCAAGGACACCUGGAAUCUGUUCAAGGACCGAGGCAUUGACGCUCUCGUCAACGACUCGUUGGUUAACUCGAUCUGGACGUUCGGCAGCUUCGCCGUCGGAGCGUUGUGCUCUGCGGCAGCUUAUCUGUAUCUGACCUUGAUCAACCCGAGUUACGUCCAAAACAACUCUUCGGUCCGCGCUGCGGUAAUGGGUUACGCGUUCGUCAUUGGCUUCUUCAUCUGGUGAGUUCCAGGUCUCGUCUUUGGAGUCCUUCGGCAAAACCCGAGUACCUAUCUUGAUGUCGUCGUCGAUCCAUUCAGCCACGCCCUCGGUUACGGUGCUCUCUCCUCCGGCGUGUCGACGAUCUUCGUUGGUCUUGGCGAGGAUCCCGAGGCUCUCGCCGAACGCGACCCCGCUUUGUUCCAAACGAUCGCUCAGGCUUACCCCCAGGUCACCACCUCGGUGUGA